UUUCGUAGUUUUUAAUUGGAAAACAUCGAUCGACUCAUUUAUUUUUUCUUCUUCCUCUUUUCAAUCUGUAUGCAGACGCUCGAUCUUUUACUGAUGAACGAAGAUCUAAGUACGAAAUUCCAUUCUGUGAUUCUCCACUCGUACCGUUCAUGCAUAUAUCAACUCAUCAUAGCAUUGCUUUGCUUCUUCUCCAUUCGUACUAAUCAGUUUGUAUUAAUUAUAUAUUAAGACGUCCCAUUCUUCUUUAAACCUAUUGCGUUUUGACUUUGCCUCAUUUGGUAGAGUACUAUGUGCAGUGUGUAUUAGCUAGCUAGUGUCCAAAUCUUAAUUAGAAGUCAUUAAUCAAUCAGCAUACGUUUAAGUGCUCUUUAAUUAGUCUUUAAUCCCACCAACCCACCCACUACACACCCGUGUUUCUGUCCAACUCCAACUUACGGUAUAUGUUUCAAAAAAGGCAGCGGCAGUUUUAGAGUUUCACUUAUAAUUAGUUGGGUUGACUAUCCAUGGAAUCGACACAAAAGAAUAGAAACAAGGUGUUGAUGUGACUUGAAUCGGAUUAUUAGCCACUACGACUGGAUUAGUCGGGGGUCUCGCUGCCCGGUUAGCGAGUGGGGUCCUGAGGCAACGCCCAGCGGUGUAUGGGCUCAAUAAAGAAGUACUAUAAAUACUUCUCAUCCGUAGCAACCGUUUCCUUUGCCAUAUUGAAUUAGGUUUAGACCCACAUGAAGAAGUACUAUAAAUACUUCUCAUACUCCUCUGUAAUAUGUAAUCUCCUCGAUACAGUGAAACUGGCUCUCUCUCGCCCGUGGACUAGCUAACACACAUCGUGUUAGUGAACCACGUAAAUCAUGUGUCGUGUUAUUGAUUCUCACUUUCGUAUUAUUGCUUUGUCGAUUCUGUCGAUUUUUCGAUCCGUAGCAACGCGUUUAUGACACAAGGAGCCUAAUGUCAACGAGAUAUAGGGAAUGAUGAUAUGAUAAUUGCUACAUAAUAACAGACAUUUAAGAGGUCAACAACCAACCACAUGUUAAGAAGAAAUGGUGUCUCUCACCCUUCUAUAUCAGUGUGGUAUUCAAUAUUCACAAUGCAAUAUUUUUGCGUUGGUUGGUGUAAGUUCAAUGAUUUUAUAACUCUAGCGAUGAUCUCAAUGACAACUAUCGCGCACACGAGACAAAAAUUGGUGUAAGUUUAAUGAUUUUCUAUGCUAAAAGCUCGACUUCCUUAAACGUCAAGGUCUAGGUAUCCAUCAUUCAACAUUCAAAUUCUUUGUGCAUAAAUUUUGUAAUAAAUUGAAAAAAUAUAGUAGUUGAUAAGGUGUUAGUCCUCCUCGCCGGUUCGAAUUCUUUGUGCAUAAAUUUUUAGCCCCCAUCAUUCGAAUUUAUGGCUCCGUCACUGAUGAUAUUAUUAUAAUUUCGAGAUGGACUCGAACCAGUGGUGGAUCCAGAAUUUUUUAUAGGGGUGUCCUCUUCUAAAAAUUAAAUUAAAUAAUUCAUAAAUAAAAAAAUAUCCGACUAGUGCAAAUAUACCAUAUUAGACAAUAAUUCACGAAUUGAUCGCAUAUUCGAUUUCUAACUUUGUUCCUGACGUAACUAAAAUUUUAAAAUAAUUGGGAAUAAUGAAUAGUGUUUUUACUAUAACAUAGUGUUUAAUAUAGAACAACAAAUGAGUUGCAACCUAGAGAAUAUGUUUAAUAAUAGUAGUGUCAUAGGUUUGAAUAACACAUAGUACUACUUAUAUAAUUUUAAUCAUACACAAACUACUACCGAGGACAUGAUAAUCGUUUUUCAAAAGUUAAGGGUGACUCGGAUUACCAAUUAUAAUUUUUUUUAUCCAUACGAAACUACUAGCGGGGGUUGGAUAAUCGUUUCCCCAAAUUUUAGGAGUGUCCCGAGACACCCCUAAAGGCCCAUGUAUCCGCCACUGACUCGAACUAUGCUAACUCGCUUCACUUAUUUUAUGUACAUCUCGAAUUGUUGAGACCAUUUGGUUUAUCACAUGGUGUCAGAGUUCGAGUUUUCACGGCUCCUAAUAUUAAUCGUUGUCUUUAAAGUACAUGAUAUGGUGGGCCUGUGCAAACUUUACAACCCAUGAGUUGGUUUUCAUUUGAUGGGACGUAUGAGAAAGUGAUUAAAUACGAUACAUGGAUAUCUUCCAACAACUUGAGUUUUUACUAACAGCUAAUUUCAUAUUCAAAUAAAGGUUUUUUUGACAAGGCACUAAAACAUGUUUCUUCUUUCUUUGGAGCAUGUUGGGAAUGGGCAAUGCAAGGCUCAGUUAAAAUAUCUGGGGAGUGGUUGUAUAUUCAAUGACAAGUGGCCUAGUUGUUGUUGGCACUUAGCAGGAAGUACUGUUUUCAUUCCUAGUGCUUAUCUCCAUAUCUAUAUUGCAUGGUCCUCAUCAUAACUCUCCCGAUUUUGGUUAAUCUCAGUUGAAAUUAGGGUUAUGUUAGGGUUUAACCAAAUAGCUUGAAGUUAAUCAUGUGAAUUUCUCGCAUGAUAUGACUUAUUCCGAUCCUGUUAUGAGAAGUUGUUAGGUGCAUUAUGACCGCGUUUUACAUGGGCGACUCUAAACCUGUUAGUGCAUACCUCCACCUCUCCGUUAAGUAUAUGAUUUAUUAGUCAUGUGGCUCUAUUCUAUUUUUCUAUUAAGUGGGUUUUCUCUUUUACUUUACAAACAAAAGACAAAAUGUUAAGUAUAUUAUUCGAUUUCAUUGUGACUAUAAUCCUAUAUGGCUUCCCAGUCUUAUUCCAAGUUGUCUUAUUGUGAUUUCUAAUAGACUUAUAAGAUUAAGGUAAAGAUUUACAAAUUGUUUAUGAAAUAUUUUGUUGCAACUUAGAAUGUCGUAGCUCACGUAUUAGAGAGAUCUGAUUUCUUCGAUGAUUAGAGAGAUCGUCAACACAACCAUCGUGUUAGAGAAAGAGGCAAGAUUAAUUUGUAGAAUUCACUCGAGUGAGUUCGACAUUUUUGUCUACAAAAGUAAAUUAGAGUGAGAUGGUUAUGCUUGUUUUUGGUAGCUAGUAAGAAGUUGAGCGACCGUCUACCAACAAUAUCAAAGUUUGAUGAUCACUUGUCAAUGACAACAAAGUUAAAUGACCAUCACUGCAAUUGACCCCUUCAUUAAUCAAAACUCUAAAAGAAUCUCAAAAUAUGAGAAGAGAAUAUGCUAAUAAGCUAUGCGCAUGGAUGCAUGUAGAUGACAUAUACAUACAUACAUGGUUGUCACGCCGGGCGGCGUGCCACUGGUUGAACCGGUUCAACUUGUACCGGUCAUAAAACCGGUAUGACACUACCGGUAUGACCGGCAUGAUCGAUAUACGAAUCUCUAAGUAAAAUGAUCUUAUAUUAGUGAAUUUAUUUGAUAAAAAGUAAUUUAUUAUUUAUUUUAUGUGUUAAAAAGUUAAAUGUUGAUGUUAUUUGUUGGAUUCAAGUACAAAUAUUUUGGUAUUGACGUUAAAUGUCGUGCUUAAAUAUACGUAUUUGUAAAUUAUUUGUAAUAUUAACCUGCAUGAAUCGGCACAAACCGAUAUGUACCACCGGUCGAACCAUUCCACUUGCUAAACCGGCACACUUGCACAAACCGGUUUGACAACCUUGCAUACAUACAAAGUUACAAACAUUUAUCUUUAUUUUAAUCUAUUAUCUUUGGGGAAUAAUAAUUAGCCAAGAGAGAGAAGAGGUGGGUGACGUGGGCCUCUAAGGUGAGAGGAAAAUAUCGUCGCCACGUGGUCAGAGCCCAAAUCUCUAAGCUAAGCCUUGGAGCUCUGAGAGCCCUUCUAAAGAUCUCCUCCUCCUCUCUCUUCUUCUUCUCCUACAAAGCAAUCAAUUUUAUUUACAGAGUUUGGUAAAAUUCAGAACCCAAUUAGAUUCCGAAAUCUCCAUUUCCUCCCCUCACAGAUUUCUGAGUUCACAGACAAAAAACUCCACACCUGAAAUUUUUUCUCAGAUCCCCUAUUCAUUCCUUUCCAGGUACCCUUCUCUACUUCAACUUCUGCUCUUCUUUCCUCUAGAAAUCCCCAGUUGAUUUCAUUUUACUUGGGGGGGGCUUCACUUUGGAAAGAUUCGAUCUUUUACCUCUUAUUUGGCCUUCUGCUUUUCUGGGUCUCUUGUUUUUGGAAUCAAUUUGUUGGUGGUGGUUGCUGAUUUGUGGUGAAAAUUUUCAGCCUUUUGUUUUUUCUUUUCUCCCCACCACUCUUUUAAGGGUAAGAUUCAUUGUGUUGGCUCUGAAUACUCUUCUUGUCUCUCCCCUCAUGCUUUUUGCUGCAGAGAAGUUGGUCUUCCUCAUUUGAUGGGUAGCGGAGGAGCAGUAGAGACAGCAUAAUUCUACACAAGUUUCUGCAGCAGAAGUAUAGGAAGAUGAUGGGAAGCUUAGAUUUAGAUUUCAUCAUUGGUUAUUGAGUGUUGCUAUUCUGGGGUCUGGUGUAAUAUUCAGGAGGAAUGUUGGGUUACGAGAUUUGGGUUGUUGAUUGGUAGUAAGAGAGCGGUUUUGAGGGGAAGGAAGCUGAAAGAGGGAGGUGGAGCUUGGUUUUUUCUCCUACCCCUUUUGGUGCUUCUGGAGUUCCUCACCGUUUUGUGAAGGCAAAAAUAGGGGUUUCCUUAUUUUCACUGCAAUUUCGAGACUUUUAUUACCAUUUUCAACCACUUGUUCACCACACAUGGCUGCUGCCGCGACUUCUUCCGAGCGAUGGAUUGAUAGUCUUCAGCUCUCCUCAUUGUUCUGGCCUCCCCCACAUGAUAUCCAUCAGAGAAAGGCUCAAGUUACUGCUUAUGUCGAUUAUUUUGGACAAUUCACCUCUGAGCAAUUUCCUGAUGAUAUAGCUGAAUUGAUCCGCAGUCGUUAUCCAUCAGCAGAGAAACGCCUUUUUGAUGAAGUUCUGGCUACAUUUGUCCUACAUCAUCCAGAGCAUGGCCAUGCAGUUGUGCUUCCAAUUAUCUCGUGUUUGAUCGAUGGUACUCUGGUUUAUGAUAAAAGCAAUCCUCCAUUUGCUUCUUUCAUAUCUCUAGUCUGCCCGAGGAAUGAGAAUGAGUACUCUGAACAGUGGGCUCUAGCAUGUGGGGAGAUCUUAAGGAUUUUAACUCAUUAUAACCGCCCAAUAUACAAGAAACAGAAUACUGAAUCAGAUAGAAGCAGUAGUGGUAGUCAUGCAACUACAAGUCAGUCAUCAGAUGGGGAAUCCAGCAGUUCACCUCCGGCACAGCAGGAAAGGAGACCUUUAAGGCCUUUGUCUCCAUGGAUUACUGAUAUAUUACUUGCUGCACCUCUUGGUAUUAAAAGUGACUACUUCCGCUGGUGUAGUGGUGUUAUGGGUAAAUAUGCAGCUGGCGAGCUCAAGCCACCAAUAACUGCUUCUUCUCGUGGAUCUGGGAAGCAUCCUCAGCUGAUGCCAUCAACUCCAAGAUGGGCUGUCGCAAAUGGUGCUGGUGUCAUUCUAAGUGUUUGUGAGGAGGAAGUUGCUCGAUAUGCAACUUCUACGUUAACUGCAGUUGCUGUCCCUGCUCUCUUACUCCCUCCUCCAACUACAGCUUUAGAUGAGCAUUUGGUUGCCGGGCUGCCAGCUCUGGAGCCAUACGCAUGUUUGUUUCACAGAUACUAUGCCUUUGCGACUCCCAGUGCAACACAAAGAUUGCUUCUUGGACUCUUAGAAGCACCUCCAUCGUGGGCUCCAGAUGCACUCGAUGCUGCAGUACAGCUCGUGGAACUCCUCCGAGCGGCAGAAGAUUAUGCAAAUGGCAUCCGACUUCCGAGGAACUGGAUGCACUUGCAUUUCUUGCGCGCAAUAGGGACUGCAAUGUCGAUGGGACCUGGAAUCGCUGCCGAUGCUGCUGCUGCUCUACUUUUCCGUAUACUAUCGCAGCCUGCAUUGCUCUUCCCACCUCUGAGGCAAGUCGACGGAGUGAAAGUUCAGCAUGAACCUUUAGGUGAAUACAUCUCAAGCUACAGAAAGCAGAUAGAAGUACCAGCAGCUGAAGCAACCAUCGAAGCUACCGCUCAGGGAAUUGCAUCCAUGCUAUGUGCACAUGGUCCUGAAGUAGAGUGGAGGAUCUGCACCAUAUGGGAAGCUGCUUACGGCCUAAUUCCUCUUGGUUCAUCGGUCGUUGAUCUCCCCGAAAUCAUUGUUGCAGCUCCACUGCAACCUCCAAUACUUUCAUGGAACCUCUACAUUCCUCUACUGAAAGUACUUGAGUACCUCCCCCGCGGGAGCCCCUCGGAAGCAUGUCUAAUGAAGAUAUUUGUCGCCACCGUUGAAGCCAUACUCCACCGGACAUUCCCACCGGAAUCUUCUUCCUCUGCCACCGAACAAGCGAGUAAAAUGACAAGUUAUUAUCAUCAGUCUGCUUCAAAGAACCUUGCUGUUGCAGAACUCCGCACUAUGGUGCACUCACUGUUCCUCGAGUCCUGUGCUGCACCAGAGCUGGCUUCCCGCUUGCUCUUUGUUGUGUUGACUGUCUGUGUGAGCCACGAAGCUCAGACUUCAAAUGGUGGCAACAAGAGACAGAGAGGCGGCGAUUUGAGGUCUAGGAAGUCAAAGAAGCAAGGGCCUGUCGCGGCGUUUGAUUCGUAUGUUCUCGCCGCAGUUUGCGCCCUAGCUUGCGAGCUCCAGCUGUUCCCUUUCAUUUCUUCCCGUGGUGGGAUGAACAACAACAAUUCACAGCGUGGAGAAGCCAAAUUACCUGCAAAGAUGAGUAAUGGAUCAUCUUCAGCGAUCGGCGAUAUGAAGAGCAGCAUUGAUUCUGCAAUCAAUCAUACUCGGAGACUGCUGGCGAUUCUGGAAGCUCUGUUCUCAUUGAAGCCGUCUUCCGUUGGGACAUCGUGGGGUUACAGCUCAAACGAGAUCGUUGCAGCAGCUAUGGUCGCUGCUCAUGUAUCGGAGCUAUUUCGGAGAUCGAAAACUUGCAUGCAUGCUCUCGCUGUCUUCAUUCGCUGCAAAUGGGAUGAAGAGAUUUACAGCAGGGCUUCAUCGCUGUACAGCCUCAUCGACAUUCAUAGUAAAGCGGUGGCUUCCAUAGUAAACAAGGCAGAACCUUUGGAAGCGAAUUUCCCAGCGCCUGUCUGGAACAAAUCCCUUCUUGCUUUUGAAGGUAAGAAGAAAAAUCGAAACGGAAAUGCUGGUGUUGGGUUUGAGACUGGUCAAUCGUCUGGUCAGCAACCUGGUGAAUCAUAUCUAGAGGUGAAGGUGAAAUCAGGGAAGGGGAUAGAAGGGUUCUCGUUGGAUGCUUCGGAUUUGGCGAAUUUCUUGACAAAGGAUAGGCACAUUGGACUCAGUUGCAGUGCACAAGUUCUGCUGAGAUCAGUUCUUGCUGAGAAACAAGAACUGUGCUUCUCAGUUGUCUCUCUGCUGUGGCACAAGUUGAUAGCAGCGCCCGAAACUCAGCCUAGCGCUGAAAGCACUUCUGCGCAGCAAGGAUGGAGACAGGUUGUUGAUGCGAUGUGCAAUGUGGUGGCAGCUUCGCCAGCAAAAGCAGCUACAGCAGUUGUUCUUCAGGCGGAUAGGGAAUUGCAACCUUGGAUUGCCAAAGAUGACGAGAACAGUCAAAAGAUAUGGCGAGUCAACCAGCGGAUAGUCAAGCUAAUUGGCGAGCUCAUGCGAAAUCAUGACACUCCUGAAUCAUUGGUGAUCUUAGCGAGUGCGUCAGAUCUGCUUCUACGUGCCACUGAUGGGAUGCUCGUCGAUGGGGAAGCUUGCACUUUGCCCCAAUUAGAGCUGCUGGAAGCAACAGCGAGAGCAGUUCGGUCAGUGGUGACUUGGGGAGAAACUGGAUGUGCUGUUGCGGAUGGUCUCUCAAACCUCCUCAAGUGUCGUCUACCAGCAACAGUCCGAUGCCUGUCUCACCCCAGUGCUCACGUCCGAGCUCUGAGCAUGUCAGUACUCCGGGACAUCCUGCAUAACACGUCUAUAAAAACGUUCCACAAGCACGCCGAGAAGAAUGGCGCCAACGGUACACGUUCCUCGUAUCAGUACUUCAAUGUCGACGUCAUCGACUGGCAAGCGGACAUCGACAAGUGUCUUGCGUGGGAAGCUCACAGCCAGCUGGCGAGAGGGAUGCCUAUCGACUUCCUCGACACGGCAGCAAAGGAACUGGGUUGUACCAUCUCUAUCUGACACCAUCAUCAUCACUUACAGGCCUGACCCGCACAGAUAGAAGCUACACGACUUUUUCGUUUCGCAGUAUAGUCAUAGAGCUGACAGCGGAAGAGGGGGCGAGCUGGUGAUAGGGGGUCAAUCAAAUCAUGAUCAGAAUGUGUGGGGAGUUAUACUUCUUCGUUGCUGUUAUUUGGCUUCCGUCUCCAGCUGCUGCUCUAUUUCUAAGUCCAGAUGUUGUAUCUUACACAUGUUUUUUUCGGGGAUUUGACGACAAUGAUGGCCUUACGAACAAAGAUAGAACUGAGGAAUUGAGUUGUUAUGUUGAUAUAUUGGAGUUCCACUUUGUGUAUUCAAAAGAUGAAACUGAAACUGAUGUUAGAUAUUGUAAAGCAUGCUUUGUUUCAGUUCCAAGCAAGUGCCAAUUUCUUUUGCAUAUAUAGAGACUUUGGUAUUCUUGCAUUAACGUUUUACAUAACACCCAAUGAGUUCCACUUACGGGUCGUUUGGAUGCAUCAUUUUGAUUAUGUGGGAGGUAUUUGAAAUGCCACAUUAUGUGUCAAAUGAAUCGCCACAACUUGG